AUGAACGGGGCGACCUUGAAACCGGAAGCCGGCAGUCGGGAGCUUCCCUCGAUAAAGGACCUUUUCCCCACAUUAGAGGGCAGCUCGAUUGCUCCUAGAAGCCAGAGCAUGACCGAAGGGGUAUAUAUGGCUCCGCCAGUCGGAUACGGGCCGGCGGACUUCAGUUUGGAAAGAGAGCUGGGCAAGCUCACGAAAAUCAGCAUGGAAAUCCAGCAGAUCCUCGAGAGUUCGAAAAGUAUCGCGCAUGUGCCGCGCGAACUGCUCGAGAGCGGAGCCCAGCAGGCAGAUCUCCUGCACUCUAUUUAUCAUUCGUGGAUGAGAACCCGUGACGAGGAGGCUGCACGGGCUCCUCCUGCGCAACACCCACAUUCCCGGAGCUCGUCGAUGCAAUACACAUUCCAGCCGACAGUUCCCGUGGGCUCGGGCGGCGCCCCGAUGCCACUUCUUCUCAACCCGUCAAGAUACCAGAAUAUGGAAGAACAGGCCGCACGGACACUUUCGUCGAUGAUCGAGGUGUCUCCUUCACAAGCACACCACCGUACUUCUUCGUUUCCAACGGACGACCGACUCACCACGCCGCCGGUCUCGCCUAGUUCUUUUUCUGUUCGCAAACUCAAAAUGAAAAAAUCUCCAACAGGGACAAAUAACAUCACUGCACAGUUGGUGCUCGAGGCCAACGCCGACAACGGGAAUCUUGCUGAAAUGGUGACCAACGAGUGUCUACAUUGUCAGUCCAAAGAAACGCCCGAAUGGAGACGCGGGCCCGAGGGAGAGCGCACGCUUUGUAACGCGUGCGGACUCUUCUACGCCAAGCUGUGCAAGAAAUAUGGCGAGGAAAAAGCCAAGGAUAUUAUGAAGGAGCGCAAAAUCAAGGGAAGUGAGACUGACCGACGGGUCAGUGUGGGAUUUUGA